AGAAUCCAUACAACAGCCACAGCUAUAUCGAGACCAGGCUUGAUAAGAUUAAAGAUCUAUAUUAUAAUCUUGAUUACUUCACUCUUCGCCAUUUACAUCAUGAGCAACGGUCCAGAACAGGGACAGCAGCAAGAAGCUCUAGAAUUUCAAGAGACUGAAGACACAGCACCUCGCACAACACAAAUGAAUUCUAACGAUAAUAUUGAAUUCGCCGUUUUUGAUGAGUACAAGGACAGGCUUGCUGAUAAUCUGGUCUUCUCACUUUCAGAUCUAGCAUUACGAGCAGCAGGGAAAAAGUUGAUAGCUAGUGCAGCCGCAGUAUCAGCUGACAAAGUGGGGAAGACUACCACACAGAAAGAAAGAGCAACUUUUCUGAUAGAUAUGGUAAUGAGUAAGAUGGAUAAGAAUUUUCAAGAAGCUCCUGGCGUUAUGAAAAAAUUUCUUGAAAGCAUUGAUGAACAUGCACACCUCCAUAAAUUCCUCAAGGAAAAAUACGAGGAAGAGAUUAGAAAUCAGACGAGGCGUAGACAGCCUGAAAAGGAACUCCUCAAAAGCCGACAGGCAGAAAUUGCCUCAAACUUGGAAUAUAGCUUAGACCGUGUUGCUGGGAAACUGCUGGCAUCUGAUAUCAUCAUGUCUGCAGAACACAAAGUCUUGGUCAACCCUGCAGCUAAAUUCGAAGAUCUAGCUAUCUAUGAAGUACUGACCGAGAUUGGUGUAUCAAUCAAAACUGACGAAAAAAAUUUUCAAGUCUUUGUUGAUGAUGUUCUUGAAGAGAUUGGAGGACCUGCAGAAACUCUUGCAAAGAAAAUGAGGGAAUCACUGGACCACACUGACUACGUUGACCCUAGACAGGCACCACUUAACCCUAGUCAGCUGCCACUACCUGACCCUAGUCAGCCACCACCACCUUACUCUAGUCUGGUCUGUCACCACGAAACUGACCCUAGUGAGGUACCAUCUGAUCCUGAACCUAAAAUUGACCAUACAUAGUUAAUAGUCCUUGACCCUAACUGAAAUUUAAAAACUUUAAGCCAGAUAUGGAAAUGUUUAGAAACUUCUUUAAAUAAUAAGAUGUUGUGUUAUUAUU